AGUAGCCUGGCAGCCCAGCAGGAUUCUGAUGACAUUAAAACUGCUUGUGCGGCCGGCCAACCUCAUUGCUGCUCGCGGAGAGACGAAGUACUUCUCCCUCCGGGUCGGACAUCUGGGUUUUUGAACAGCAGGCCGCGUCUCAAAUACUAAAACAAUGUCCGAGGAGGCUGAAGGAGCGAGGACGGCGGAGGAAAAGGAGGAAAUGGAUGAUACGGUUGUUAGUCCGGAGAAAGCAGAAGAGGCCAAAUUAAAGGCCAGGUACGCCAGUCUUGGAGCCAAACCUGGGGGAUCAGAUUUUCUAAGAAAAAGACUUCAGAAAGGGCCAAAGUAUUUUGAUUCUGGCGACUACAACAUGGCCAAGGCCAAAAUGAAGAAUAAACAGUUGCCAUCAGCCCUGUCAGAGAAGGCCGAGAUCACCGGCGGUCACAUCCCAACGCCUCAGGACCUCCCUCAGAGAAAGACCUCCAUUGUGGCAAGCAAACUCGCUGGCUGAUGGUUUUGCUCUUUUAGGUUGUAUUACCCUUCCUAUCACUGAGUCAAACCCACCUACCUUUUGCUAUCUUUUCACCUUUCUAUGUAUUCUUUUCAAACAAGUACAAACCAAACACGAGGAAAAAUGGGCACUUCAGCUAGGAAAUUUAGAAGUCAGUUUCCGCAAGUUCAAAAUGCUCCUGCUUGCUUGUACAUGAUCUUGCACUUAAAAAUAGAGAUGACUGUUAUCGCUACCCUGUUUUGCUAUAACAUUUUCACUUUUAAAAGUACAUGACUCCAUACAUGCCACAAUAGGAAAUGAGUGUGCAGAGGCUUGGUUGUCAUCACCACAAAGAAUCUUGCACUUGUCUAUACUGGUGGAAAAGAGGUCAGCAACUAUUGGCCAAAAGACCUUCUCAAAUUAAAAUAUGCCCUGCAGUUGAAAUGUUUUGAGAAAUGCUCGUAUAGUCAUCCCUCUGUUCUAUUAGUUCAUUAAAAAAAAAAUCGGUUUUUUUGUUGUUGUUUUUUUUCCCCCUUCCCCACGCCUGCUCUGUGUAUAAAUGUCCAUAUGCUUUCAAAGUACUCUUGGUCUGAUUGCAUACAGUUGGGGUUUUAAUGGGUUUCAUUGACAGUGGUCUGCAAAGACUUGAAGCAUGGGCUCCAUCUCAUCCCAACCUCUCAAAUGGCCUUAAUUGAACUGUUUUUCUUGAGCAAUAUUUGCUCUCCGAUAGUCUUGUGAGUCAUGUCACUGUUUGACUUGAUUUGUUUAGGAUUUUAUGGAAGUAAACUCCCUGUACGUCUGGGGUGUGCAUGUACUGUCACACUGUGCCAUUUGUUUUGUAAAUAAAAUACUUUUUUGCAUUAUA